UUGUUAAAACUCAGCUUAGUGCCAGAAUUCGCAACUGUCGUUAUCGCUUAAAAAAAAAUUGAGUGCAGAAGAGACGAUAUAGUUAAAUAAUUGUUCUGAAGCAGAAAUUAACCUUUCCGAUGAAGCUGGUCCAUCAGGUUGUAUUGCAGACUCUCAAAAUGUCGAGAAUGCGUUUCAAGAACUUAACAAAUGUAAAAUCACAGACGAUUCAAACAACGUAAAGCGAUUGAUGGAAAUUACAAAAAAGAAGCGACGAACUUUCAUUGAAAGUAGUGAAGUCUCUUUGACAAUUAGAGACAUUAUUAACAAAUUUCCUCAAUUGAGUUUAUUUAAAUUGAUUACUUAUGAGUUUCUACUGCUAACAAAGGCUAAUGAAGAACAAUUAUUAGCAAAAUUAAAUAGUAUUGUUGAGAAAUUUGGGACAACAUUUUAUAAUGGAAUCUGACACCGAUGAGAACAGAGCUAAAAUUUUCAAACGACUUCAUGAAGAAUUAACUCUGAAAAAAUUUUUGAAAGCCAGAGAACCUUUAAUAACUAUAACGGAGGCUGAAAAAAGAAGUACAAGUGAACUUCUAUGCGCUGAGAUGUCAUCGCCAAGACUUGUCGUUUAUGUAGAAGACGGCGGAAUUGUUUCUGCUUUCAUAGUUGCGGACAAGGAAGUGAGAAUUAAAAUUUCCAACCCCAAUAUUGAAAAGGCUCUUCUUUCACUUUUUGCGUCAUACUUCGCGUGGAACAUCAAGUAUCCGUCGGCUUAUGUUAAUACAUUAUCUUAUCUAGAUCAGGAGAUUUUAAAUAAUCAAAACCACAAGCAAACAGCAGUUCACAAAUUUACAAGAAAAAUGAAAAGUAGAUUGAAUAUACAUACUUUAAAUUAAGGUUCAGAGAUUUGUUAAUUCAUAAUUAAUUAAAUUUAUUAAACAAAUCAAAGUUCGUAAAAAUAAAAAGAA